AUGGCGUGUCCGGCACCCAUCCACCUGCUCCGCUUCCCGCAGUGGCAAGGCAGCGACGCGCACGCACACCUCGCCGGCGGUCGAGCCGCGGCUGCGAUCGUCGAGAGCGUGCUCCAGCCCUCGAGCGUCUCUGCCGUGCCAAUCUUUGAGGCGGAAAACAGCUGCGAUCCAGGCGUCGAUGCGAAAGGGCAGUCGCAGUGUGUCCGCCACUUGGAGGCCAUCACGCGCCAGGCGCGGGUGGCACGCGCUCAGCUCGACGAGCUGCCGCCGUCCGCACGCGUCUUCACGUGCGGCGGCGACUGCGGCGUCGAGGUGGUGCCCGUGGCGAGGGCCAGCCGGUUGUGGCCAGGCCUCGCUGUCGUGUGGUUCGACGCGCACGCGGACCUCAACACUCCCGCUUCCUCUCCGAGCGGCCACUUCCACGGCAUGCCGGUCCGCACGCUGCUCGGCGACGGCCCGCCAGAGCUGUUGCAGCUGCUGCCGUCGCGGCUGGAGCCGUCCCAGCUCAUCUAUGUCGGCGCGCGCUCGCUCGACCCUCCAGAGCAGGACUACGUGGACUCGCACGCCGUGACGCUCCUCUCCGCUGAGCCGGCCAGCUCCCUCCCGGACAGGCUCUCCGCCGCCCUCCGCAAGGGCCGCUUCGGCGCAGCGUACGUGCACGUGGACCUGGACGUCCUCGACCCGUCCUCCUUCCCGCACGUCUGCUGCCCUGCGGAGGGCGGCCUCGCGACAUCCACGCUCGUCGCCGCCGUCGCCGCCGUCGGAAGCGCCGUCCCCGUCGUCGCCGGGGCGGGACUCACAGAGUGCUGCGGCGACCCGGAGCCGUCCCGCCCCGAGCUGGAGGCGGUCGCUCGCGCACUGGCGGAGCUGCUGCUGCCGCGGCCAGAUCCGCCCCCACCGGCUCCCAUGUCGCUGUCGCCGCCCGCCUGGCCGGCGCACUACCGGCCCAUCGCGCACGAGCCCUUUGGCGACGGCGGCCAAGCCACGCUCGACACGCUGGCGCGGUACGUCGAGGCGGAUCAGCCAGUCGUCCUCACCGGCGCAGACAUCGUCGACGUGGAGCGCUGGUCGGACAACGCAAAGGUGGAGGCGCUGCUCGGCGACAAGGCGGUGCUCGUCAAGCGCGCGCGCGGCCGACGCUUCCGCUACUGGGCGAACGACGAUCCGGGAGCGCGGACCGCGCCGGGCGGCGGCGGCGGCGGCGGCGGCGGCGGCGGCGCGUUUGGGUUUGAGCCUCCGACGGAGGAGGCGUCGCUCUCGUUUGGCGAGUUCCUGGCCGAGGCGGAGAGGCUCGCGGCCGGCGACUCGGCCGAGCGGCUCUACCUGCAGGAGACGAUGAGCGGCCACCCCGAGCUGGCGGAGGACCUCUUCUUCCAGGUGCGCGGCCGCAAGCAGCUGCUCCUCUUCCCCUUCGUCGAGUACGAGAAGCUGUACCCGUUCCCCGUCACGCACCCGUGCGACCGCCAGUCGAUGGUCGACGUGGCGCGCCCCGACCUCGAGGCCUUCCCCGCCUUCGCGACCGCCUCGGGCCAGUACACGACGCUGCAGCCGGCCGACCUCGUCUUCCUCCCCUACGGCUGGUUCCACUGGCUGCGCAACGACGACGCGCUCUCGAUCUCGCUCUCGUUUUGGAGCCUCUCGACCAAGAAGGAGCGCGUGCCGGACGUCUUCUCGGCGCACGACCUGACGCUCGUCAGGCGCAACCUGGAGAAGCACAUGGCGGCGCGCUUCGGCGCGGCGCUGUUCCCGCAGCGCAUGCGCCGGCUGCUGCGGCUGAUCGACGCCGGCCCGGGCGGCGAGACGAGCGACGGCGUGGUGGGAGAGGUGCUCGCCGAGGCGCGCACGCUGCUCGGCGCUGUACAGGUCGCCGACCCCGAGAAGCAGGACGAGUUCCUGCGGUCGAUGCUGCGCGUGCGAUUCGAGGGGGAGUGGCAGGCGCACGUCUGA